UCUAUUUUCAUGUCUACAGCACUUGGAGUAUCAAGUACAAAGUUGUGUAUUCUUCUUACUUUUGGCGUCUUCGGAAUAAGCUUGACGAUCUUCACAUGUGCAUUGCUGAUUGGAGCGGCAAUCAAGACUAGUUUAUUGGAUCGUUCAACAGCUAUUUUAAUAUCAGUUGCUCUUAUAUUGAUUGUAAUUGUUGCAGUUGCUAUUUCACUCAGUGUUUUGGAAUACAACGUAUAA